CCUUUACAGGUUUUUGAAGGGAGGUGCAAGCAAGCCAACGCUCUGUGGCCAUAAUUGCUGAGAUGAUCCACACAGCCAGCCUGGUUCAUGAUGAUGUAAUUGAUGAUGCAAAUUCCCGCAGAGGAAAAAUGACAGUCAAUCAAAUCUGGGGAGAGAGGAAGGCUGUUCUAGCUGGUGACUUCAUCCUCUCAGCUGCUUCUGUAGCUUUAGCACGAAUUGGAAACACUACUAUAAUCUCUGUUCUAACUCAGGUGAUUGAAGAUCUGGUGCGUGGUGAAUUCCUCCAGUUGGGUUCCAAGGAAAAUGAGAACGAGAGAUUUGCUCACUACCUCGAGAAGACCUUUAAGAAGACUGCAAGUCUUAUAGCAAACAGUUGUAAAGCAGUUUCAAUUCUAGGCUGCCCCGAUCCCAAAGUUCAUGAAAUUGCAUACCAGUAUGGAAAAAAUGUUGGCAUAGCUUUUCAGCUAAUAGAUGAUGUGCUGGAUUUUACAUCGUGUGCUGACCGUCUGGGGAAACCAGCAGCAGCAGAUCUCAAGCUUGGACUGGCCACAGGCCCUGUCUUGUUUGCUUGUCGACAGUUUCCAGAAAUGAAUGCUAUGAUAAUGAGACGAUUCAGUAAGCCAGGAGAUGUCGAACGUGCUCGGAAAUACGUGUUGCAGAGUGAUGGUGUGCAGCAAACAACCUACCUCGCCCAGCGCUACUGCCAUGCAGCCACCCGAGAGAUCAGCAAACUGCGGCCCUCCCCGGAGAGAGAAGCCCUCAUCCAGCUGACGGAAAUGGUUCUCACCAGAGACAAGUGAGAGAAACCCUUCCACUCACUCUGGCAGCUACUUACCAGACUGUGCCUAAAUUUACUUCAAAAGUUAUUUGCUUCCAACACAGGCUACCAAAAAUUAUUUUUUUAAGAAACUUUUUUUUUUGGGGGGGGGAGGGGAGGGUGUUCUACUUUUUUUUAAAAAAAGGGAAGUUUAAAUUUAGUGUUUUAAUGUGGGAAGCCAUGCAAUUCAGAGCAAAUCAAAUUGUGCUGUACAGUUGUUUUAGUGGCGGCUGUUAAGUGUGUGUGUGUGUGUGGGGAAAGAUGUUUACAUGUUGAUGCACAAAGGCCUGAAUGAAAAUAAACAUAAAUCAGUGUAAGA